AUGUCCGUGCUGGCGCUCUUCCUCCUCCUGGCCCUGCCGCCUCCGGGGUUCGGGCAGCCCCCGGGGAGAUGGGGCCCGGCGUCCGAGAACAAAGAGCCCUCGGCGGCCCGAGCCAAGAGGUCUGACCCAGACUUUGAAGACGAUUACGAGGUCUACGAAACCCCGACGCCCGAGCGGUUGGACGGAGACAACGUGACCACCCCGACGCCAGCCGUCGUGGCCGAAGGAACGCAGCCGGAGGCCACGGGAGCCACGCAGGCCGCCGGGGCCCCUGGAGCCACGGUCUCGAUCGAAACCCCCAGCCCGACCCCCGAGCCUCCCGGAACACAGCCGGCUGCUGAGGAGAUGACGGAGACGACCACCGAGGCGGCCACCCUGGCGGGGCAGCGGACCACCCACGACGUCCCCACCGAGAGGGGAACUACAGAGGCGCCUCUCACGGAGGCGUCCCCUUCCGCGGUCCUGAGUCCGGGUCAGCCAGGCAGCCGCGGCUCCACUGUAGGGGCCGCGGGCACGAGCGCAGCGGCGAUCGCCACCACGGAGAAACCAGCCGCAGACCCGCUAGGCACCAGCCAGGCUUUGGCUUUAGACACGGAGGAGCCAGAGACCGCGACCCCGAGCGCCGGGCAGCCGCUCACAGACUCUCCCCCCAGCCGGGUCCCGGGCGCCGAGCUCGGCCCCAACCCCAGCAGCCCGGCUUCCUUCCUCAGCACGGCCCUCCCCACGCAGCACUCGGAGCCUCCCAAGCCCGAGGCGGCCACCGAGCCGAGCGGCCUCUCCGACGCCACCGCCCUGGUCGCCGUGGCCACCAGCGCCCCCUCGUUCCUGUCCGGCCACAUCCCCGUGCGCCAGUGCCUGCUGGCUGUGCUCAUCUUGGCCCUCGUGGCCACCGUCUUCCUCAUCUGCACGGUGGUGCUGGCCAUGCGGCUCUCCAGGAAGGGCCACACGUACCCGGUCCGCGAUUACUCUCCCACCGAGAUGGUCUGCAUCUCCUCCCUGCUGGCCGACGGCGAGGGGCCGCCCACGGCCAAUGGGGGCCCGCCGGGUGCCAAGCCCCAGCUUCUGAAGCCGGCCGCGGGGUCGGGGGAGGACUGCGAUGGGGACGAUCUGACCCUUCACAGCUUCCUCCCUUAA